AUGAAGUGGAUUGAAUUGAUGAUUGGAUUGAUGCCCAUGAUUGAAGGCAGAAAAAUGGAAGGAAGCAGUGGGACAGAAUUUCCUCGAAGGCUGGACAGGACUGUUGUUCCUUCGCACUACGACCUGCAUGUGAAGGUGAUGGACACGGGGUUCUGCGGAAACGUAGGGAUCCGGGUGGAUAUCUCGCAGCCUGUGGAUGAGAUAAUGAUGAAUGCAAAGGAGCUUGACGUACUGAGUGCAGGGAUUGAGAUUGAUGGAAGGAGGAUUGAUGGAGAGGUGGUCAUGGGAGACGACGAGAAGGAGUACGAGGUUGUAAGGAUCAGGUUUCCCUCGACGAUACCCAAGGGAGAAGGAUACAUUGUGGGAGAGUUCUGCGGAGACUACAACUCUGGUCUGGUUGGGUUUUACAAGAGCGGGGGAGAGUCGAAGGUCUACAGCACACACUUUGAGCCGACGGAUGCAAGAAGGGUGUUUCCAUGCUUUGACCAGCCCGAUAUGAAGGCAACGUUUAGCAUUUCGAUUGAUGCGCCGUCAAACCUUGUUGUUCUGUCGAACAGCCCCUCUGUGCCUUCGCUGCGGAAGGAGUAUGGAGACAGGGCGAUUGAGUACUUCACGAAGACAAGCAAGAUGUCUACAUAUCUUGUUGCAUUUGUUGCUGGCGAGCUUGAGUACAUUGAGGACUGGAGCAAGUCUGGAGUGAGGCUAAGGGUGUAUGGACAGGGGAAGGAAGAGGCGUCGUGGGGAAGGUAUGGGCUUGAGGUUGCAAAGAGAUGCAUCGACUACUUUGAGGAGUACUUUGGGAUUGAGUAUGAGUUUCCUGAGAAGGGGAUGGCAAAGAUAGACAUGAUUGGGAUUCCGAGCUUUGGCAGUGGAGCGAUGGAGAACUGGGGGCUCAUUACGUUCCGAAAGGAGAGUCUUCUGUACUCUGAUGGAAAGGACAGUGUUGAGCAAAAGAAGAAUGUAGCUGAAACUGUGUGCCACGAGCUGGGGCACAUGUGGUUUGGAAACCUUGUGACGAUGGAGUGGUGGGACGACCUGUGGCUGAACGAGGGAUUUGCAACAUGGAUAUCGUUCAAGGGGAUGUCUGAGAUAGGGAAGGAGUAUGUUGACUGGGAUGUCGAGGGAGAGUUUGUGCUGUGGAAUGUGAUACGGGGGAUGCUUGAGGAUGGGCUUGGAAAGAGCCACAAGAUCCGGAUGGAGGUUUCCGAUCCUGGAGAGAUUGGAGAGAUCUUUGAUGCGAUCAGCUACAGCAAAGGAGCAAGCAUCAUCAGGAUGGUUGAGAAGUAUGUUGGGGAGUCUGUAUUUAUGUCUGGGAUCCGGCGAUACAUCAAGGAGCACAUGUAUGGGAACGGGAAUGGAAUGAGCCUGUGGAAGGCGAUUGGGGAGUCCUAUGGAAAGGACAUUUCGUCGAUGGUUGAGGGAUGGAUUUCGCAGGCAGGAUACCCUGUGAUAAGUGUCAGCGAGAGUGGGGAGAACCUCGUUCUGUCGCAGAGGAGAUACUCGAUGCUUGGAAAAAGCGACGACAGCAUGUGGAUUGUGCCUGUUGUGAUAACAUGGGGGUCUGGAGAGAACGAAAGCAUUGAGGUUGGAGAGAGAGAGGUUGUGAUUCCACGGAGAAGCGAUGUGUACAAGGUGAACAGCUCGUAUGCAGGGUUCUACCGGGUGCUGUACGAGGCCGAUGCACUGAGAAGGCUUGAGGAGAGGCUUGAGGAGAUGGGCGACAUGGACCGAGUGAACAUGGUCGAGGAUGUGUUUGGGCUUGGAUUUGGACUGUAUGGAGGGAUUGGAGAGAGGCUCCGGAAGAUAGGGGAGUACUACUCUGACGGAUACUGUGUUGCCCGAAGCACGGUUGAGAAGCUGAUGCGGAUCCGGAGUGUGUUCUACGACGAUGCCGAGAUUGUGUCUGCGGUUGACAAGCGAGUUCUGGGGCUGAUUGAGGAGAGGAUUGAGUCUAUUGACACCUCUGUGUGUGAGACGUCUGUGGAAAGGAUCAGCAUGAACAAGUACCUGCUGUCUGUUGGCAUUGAGGUUGGAAGUGCCUCUGCGAUGAGGAAGGUGUCUGAGCUGUGGAGGCGGCACGUCGAGGAGGGAGCGGAGCUUGGAGAACUUCGGUGGAUUGUGUACAAGGGAGUUGUUGACGACAACCUUGAGCACCUGAUUGGGGAGUACAAGAGUGGAAGGAGGCCUGGAACCCGAUGGGAAGUGAUAAGUGGGUUCAGCGGGAUAAAGAGGAAGGAGAGCUUUGCAGAGGUUGUGAAGAGGCUGUGCGAGUUCAGUGUUGAGGACAUUGGUGUGGUGAUAGCAAUAAUCUGCAGAAGCGGGAACUUCCGUGACGAGAUGGUUGAGUAUGUUGUGUCGCACCGGGAGGAGCUUUAUUCGAUGGUGCAGAAGAAUGUGAUGCUAUACAACACCAUUGUGAUGUCUCUCCGGCAUGUGAGCAGUGACCCAAUGGUGGAGAAAGUGUCCGAGUUCCUUUCUGGGAUCAAGCACUCUGGAAGCAGUCUGAGCAUUGAGAAGGUGCGAGACGAGAUUGAGUGGAGAAGAAGGAUGAGAGGAGUAAGAGACGAGAUCCUUGCAGGACUCUGCUCCUCUGAGUGA